AUGGCUGAGCCCAUCAAGAACAAGCGGCCUGACCCCGCUGCCCCCACUCCCCAAAACACACCGGCAAAUGCUGCCCCCAUCUCGUCGCACGCUCAGCAGCCCGGCAUGUCCAGCAUCAAUGAAGAGGAUCUGGACCGUGCCGCUGCUGCGUCUAUCUUCGCCAAGGACCCCCGUCUUGUGUCGCUGAUCCAGGGCCGUUUAGGCUCGCUCGUCGGCCGGUCGUCUGGUUAUAUCGAGUCGCUUCCCGCUGAGGUUAAGCGCCGUGUCGCUGGACUCAAGGGCAUUCAGAAGGAGCAUUCCAAGCUCGAGGCUGAGUUCCAGGAGGAGGUCCUGCAGCUUGAGAAGAAGUACUUUGCCAAGUUCACUCCUCUUUACGAGCAGCGUUCCGCCAUCGUAAACGGCAAGACCGAGCCGACUGAGGAUCAGGUCAAUGCUGGCGAGGAAUAUGAGGAAGAGGAGGAGGAGGGUGCCGCGAUCAAGGAGGAGAAGCCCGCCGAGAGUGCUACCAAGGUGUCUGGUAUUCCGGAGUUCUGGCUUUCGGCCAUGAAGAACCAGGUCUCCCUGGCUGAGAUGAUUACCGAUCGGGACGAGGGUGCACUCAAGCACCUGGUCGACAUCCGGAUGGAGUACCUUGACAAGCCGGGCUUCCGCCUCAUCUUCGAGUUCUCGGAGAACGAAUACUUCACCAACAAGACCAUCACCAAGACAUACUACUAUCAGAACGAGAGUGGCUACGGUGGCGACUUCAUCUACGACCACGCCGAGGGCGACAAGAUCGACUGGAAGGACGGUAUGGAUCUGACGGUCCGCAUUGAGCAGAAGAAGCAGCGCAAUAAGAGUAACUGCGGGAGAACGCCGCAGCUAACCGCCGCAGCCACCAAGCAAACCCGCAUCGUCAAGAAGACGGUUCCGACUGAGUCCUUCUUCAACUUCUUCUCCCCCCCCAAGGCUCCGACCGAUGACGAUGACGAUGCCGCUUCCGAUAUUGAGGAGCGCUUGGAGUUGGACUACCAGCUCGGAGAGGACAUCAAGGAGAAACUGAUUCCGCGGGCGAUUGACUGGUUUACUGGCGAGGCGCUCGCUUUUGAGGAGAUUGACGACGACCUCGAAGACUUCGACGAGGACGAUGACGAGGACGACGAUGACGAUGUCAGCGAGGACCAUGAUGAUGAGGAUGACUCUGAGGAGGAAGAGGACGACGGCUCCAAGCCCAAGCAGGAGCCUACUGAGUGCAAGCAAAGCUAA